AUGCGAUAUUACCCGGUUUUUUAUAUCUUAUUCCUAAAACCGGUAUUUAAAAGCUUAUAUAUUAAAAAUCGUAUUAUUAUUGAACUUAAUAAACUAAAAUACGAAGUCGAACGAGUUAUUAAUUACCGAAUUAAAAAAAAAUGUAAAAAAUACCUUAUUAAAUGA